AUGCUCGACAAAUUUCAAGAAGCAGAUUUGGAAGAAAUGAGUUUCACUGAGAAACCGCUUCAAUACAGCCGUUGCAUUUGUUUGGGUUCAACGAACUUUUCGUGCAAAACAAACAAGUUUGAGCUUAGCAGGAACACGAACGAAACCUUGUGGAUCGCCUCGGAAAAAAACAGCAAGGAAAUGAUUCCAAACUCGGUCUGUGAAAUAGGCCGAACACUAGGGUCUGGAGGAUUUGGAACAGUUUUUGAGGCAAGUUUGGAGGGCAAAAAACUUGCUGUCAAAAAAAUGCACAAAAACGUAAAAAAUCCUCACGCGCUCUACGAAACUGUCCAAGCAGAAAAAUUAGUUCUGCCUUUAAAGCAUCCGAACAUUGUGCGGACUUUUGCUGUUCUUGAGCGUGAAAACUUGGAAGAUGUGUGGAUUCUGAUGGAAUAUGCCGGACAUCGGACCCUACAGUCUAUUAUUGACGAUGACCGAGAAAUAUUGGACAACACACGUCGCUGUCAAUUUAUUCGUGACAUAGCAAGUGCCUUGAAAUUCGUCCACGAGAACAGUCUUGUACAUCUAGACUUAAAGCCUGCAAACGUAAUCGUAAAUAGCAACGAUCUGUGCAAACUGGGCGAUUUUGGGUGCUGUCAAAGCAUAGAACUCACGGCAAAGGAAGAACUCUCUCUUCCACCCAGUCCCUCGCCCAGCCCGAGGAGCCUGCUCACAGGAACUUUUGCGUACAGAGCUCCGGAACUUUUAAAAGGGGACCUACCGAGCAGUAAAGCGGACAUGUAUUCGCUUGGGAUCUGCCUAUGGCAAAUGCUAACUCGCGAGCAACCUUACGGACUAGAGAGCCACUUUGUCGUUAUUUUUGGAGUUGUUGCGCACCAUUUGCGCCCAACUCUCGAAAAUUUACCGCCAAGUGCGUCAAACGAAAAUGCUACUGGCGCUUAUAUUGGACUCAUGAAAUCCUUGUGGCAAGCAAGCCCGAUCGACAGGCCUAGUGCGCAGCAAGUUUUAAAAACACUAAAAGACAUCGAAAGCACGUGA